GUGCCCCGGAUCCCUCGCCGUGCCCUGCAGCGCCCCCAGCCCCAUGCAGUCCCGGCUCCUGCUACUCGGGGCGCCCGCCGGUUGCGGCGGCUCGGCCACACGGCGCGUGCGUCUGCUCCUGCGGCAGGUGGUGUGGGGCAGGCCAGGCGGCGAUGGGCGGCAGCCAGAGAUCAGAGGGCUGCACGCCGGGGCGGGGGCCGACACAGGUGAUACAGUUAAUAUUGGAGAUGUAACCUACAAGUUGAAAAGUCCUAAGAGCCCGGAACUAGUGCCACAGAACUACAUUUCAGACUCUUUGGCUCAAUCUGUAAUUCAGCAUUUAAGAUGGAUAAUGCAGAAGGAUCUUUUGGGGCAAGAUGUCUUUCUAAUAGGACCUCCUGGGCCUCUUCGACGCUCUAUUGCUAUGCAGUACUUGGAGCUGACCAGACGGGAGGUUGAGUACAUUGCCCUGUCAAGGGAUACCACUGAAACUGAUCUCAAACAGCGUCGAGAGAUCCGCGCCGGCACGGCUUUUUACAUUGAUCAGUGUGCAGUUCGUGCAGCCACAGAAGGCAGAACUCUCGUUUUGGAAGGUUUGGAAAAGGCGGAGAGGAAUGUCCUGCCUGUUUUGAACAACUUGCUGGAAAAUAGGGAGAUGCAGCUUGAAGAUGGGCGCUUCCUGAUGUCUGCUGAGCGUUAUGACAAGCUUCUCCAAGAUCAUACCAAAACAGAGUUGGAUGCUUGGAAGAUUGUCCGUGUUAGUGAAAAUUUCCGAGUGAUCGCCUUAGGCUUGCCAGUACCUAGGUACUCUGGAAAUCCGUUAGACCCCCCUCUCCGUUCUCGAUUUCAAGCCAGAGAUAUUUAUUAUCUACCCUUCAAGGACCAACUUAAGCUGCUAUAUUCAGUUGGAGCCAAUGUUCCUGCUGAGAAAGUUUCUCAGCUUUUGUCCUUUGCCACAACUCUCUGUUCCCAAGAAUCUUCUACUCUUGGACUUCCAGAUUUUCCUUUAGAUAGUUUACCAGCUGCAGUUCAAAUCCUGGAUUCCUUUCCUAUGAUGUCAAUUAAACAUGCAAUCCAACGGCUUUAUCCAUAUACUAUAUUAUUAGGACAUGAAGGGAAGAUGGCUGUUGAAGGCGUUUUACAACGCUUUGAACUCCAGGAUUCCAGAAGCUCUAUACUUCCUAAAGAGAUUGUGAGAGUGGAGAGGAUGACUGAAAACCAUGUCCCCCAAGCUUCUGUGACUGUCCAGAUUGCAGAAAAAGAGGUAACCAUUAAGGUGCCAGCCGGGACCAAGCCAUUAAGUCAACCUUGUACCUCAGACCAUUUCAUACAGACUCUAAGCCAUAAGCAACUACUGGCUGAAAUGAUGCAGUCUCACGUGGUUAAGGACAUAUGCUUAAUUGGAGGAAAAGGCUGUGGAAAAACAGUCAUCGCUAAGAACUUUGCUGAUACCUUAGGAUACCACAUAGAGCCCAUCAUGCUCUAUCAGGAUAUGACGGCACGGGAUCUACUACAGCAGAGGUACACGCUCCCGAAUGGAGACACUGCCUGGCGGUCCUCGCCCCUGGUGAAUGCCGCUCUGGAAGGAAAACUCGUCCUCUUGGAUGGCAUUCACCGUGUCAACGCGGGCACACUCGCUGUACUGCAAAGGUUAAUCCAUGAUCGAGAGCUGAGUCUCUAUGACGGCUCCAGGCUGCUGAGAGAAGACAGGUAUACGCGUUUAAAGGAGGAGCUGAAACUGUCUGAUGCACAGCUGAGGAACAGAUCCAUUUUUCCUAUCCACCCAUCCUUCAGGAUCAUUGCCUUGGCAGAGCCCCCUGUUAUUGGAAGUACUACACAGCAGUGGCUGGGACCAGAAUUCUUAACCAUGUUCUUUUUCCAUUACAUGAAACCGCUUGUCAAAAGUGAAGAAAUGCAAGUGAUUAAGGAAAUGGUCCCAAAUAUACCUCAGGAAGCUUUGGACAAAUUACUAUCGUUUACACACAAACUUAGGGAGACACAGGACCCAACGGCACAAUCAUUGGCAGCAUCACUUUCUACCAGACAGCUGUUACGGAUUUCUCGUCGGCUGUCUCUGUAUCCUAAUGAAAAUCUUCACGGUGCUGUUGCUAAGGCCUGCCUCUCCAGGUUUUUACCAAGUCUUGCAAGGGCAGCGUUAGAAAAAAAUCUGGCAGAUGCUGCAAUAGAAAGGACAACUGCUGGUCACCUGGAACCCGAAUUGAAGGAUUACAGAUGUGAAGUAGCAUCUGGAUCUCUGAGGAUUGGAGCUGUCAGUACACCGAUACAUAGUGCCCGUGAGAAAAUGAAAGUGCCUGAUGUUCUGUUCUAUGACAAUGUUCAGCACACGAUAGUGAUGGAAGAUAUGCUAAAAGACUUUCUUCUUGGAGAACACCUAUUACUGGUUGGUAACCAGGGCGUAGGAAAAAACAAGAUCGUUGACAGAUUCCUUCACCUGCUCAACAGACCCCGAGAAUAUAUCCAAUUGCACCGGGACACCACAGUGCAAACCCUUACUCUUCAACCUUCUGUUAAAGAUGGACUUAUUGUGUAUGAAGACUCGCCUUUGGUUAAAGCAGUCAAGGUGGGCCAUGUUCUGGUGGUGGAUGAGGCAGACAAGGCUCCAACAAACGUCACCUGUAUUUUAAAAACUCUAGUGGAAAAUGGAGAAAUGAUUCUAGCAGAUGGACGACGCAUUGUUGCAAAUUCUGCUAAUGUGAAUGGAAGAGAAAAUGUUGUCGUGAUUCAUCCAGAUUUUAGGAUGAUCGUUCUGGCCAACAGACCUGGAUUUCCUUUCCUAGGCAAUGAUUUCUUCGGUACUUUAGGUGACAUUUUUAGCUGCCAUGCAAUUGAUAAUCCCAAACCCCACUCGGAGCUUGAGAUGCUCAGACAGUACGGACCAGAUGUGCCCGAGCCAAUUCUUCAGAAGCUCGUGGCUGCCUUUGGAGAGCUGAGGAGCUUGGCUGACCAGGGGAUUAUUAACUAUCCUUAUUCUACCAGAGAAGUCGUCAACAUAGUCAAACAUUUACAGAAAUUUCCCACUGAAGGUCUCUCCAGUGUGGUUAGGAAUGUGUUUGACUUUGAUUCCUACAACAACGACAUGAGGGAGAUUUUGAUUAGCACUUUGCACAAAUACGGCAUACCUAUCGGAGCAAAACCCACAAGUGUGCAGCUGGCAAAGGAGUUGCCUCUGCCAGAGCAGACAUUCAUGGGCUAUUGGACAACUGGUCAGUCAAGAAGUGGAAUGCAAAAAUUUUUGUGCCCAGCUGAAACUCGUCAUAUAGACAUAAAGGGUCCAGUGCUUAUAAACAUACAGGAGUAUCCAAUAGAAAGACAUGAAGAAAGGUCUCUCACUUUUACUGAAGAAUGUGCCUCCUGGAAGUUACCGCUGGAUGAAAUUAACUUAGUCUGUGACAUCGCUACAUCGCAGGAAAAUGAUGAAAACACUCUGUAUGUAGUUACAUGCAAUCCCGUUACUCUACACUUUAUGGAUAUGACUCGGAAGAGCGCCCACUUUGUGGACCUUUAUGACAUCUUCCCAAGAACCGCCAGUGGAGUUUGGCAGCCAUUUGUGACAGUGGCACCUCUGGGAAAUCCCCUCAGAGGUCAAGUGGUUCUCCAUGAACAUCAGAGUAAUGUCAUCCUGUUGUUAGAUACCACUAGCCGCGCCCUUCGUCGCCUCGUCCUGUCUUCAGAAGAAGAGACUGCAUCUAAGAGAUCUUCCUGGUGGAACAAAGAGGAGGCUGAAACUUAUAAAAUGUGUAAUGAAUUUUCACACAAAAACUGGCUAGUAUUCUACAAAGAAAAUGGGAACAGCCUCACUGUGCUGGAUGUUCUAGAAGGGCGAACUCAUACCAUCUCACUUCCCAUCAGCCUCAAGACAGUCUUCCUUGUAGCAGAAGACAAGUGGCUUCUGGUGGAGCACAGAACAAAUCAGAAAUACCUCUUAACUAAGCCUGCGCACAUCGAAUCUGAGGACAGUGGGGUUUGCCAGUUGCAUGUGUUGCAGGAGGAGCCCGCUAGCACAGGGUUUGGAGUCACACAAGAAACAGAGCUCUGCGUGCCUCAUAAAGUCUCAAGUGAUCAACUUUCAUCGGAAAAUCUAAGUUCAGCUGUGGGACAAAAGAUUGCCUCUCCUAAUCGAAUCCUCUCAGAUGAGAAUAGUUACGCUACAAUAGUUGUUGGCUUCCCAGAUCUCCUGUCACCCAAUGAAGUUUAUUCUUGGAAAAGACAGUCAUCUCUGAGUAAACCAAGUGUCACUGAUACAGGAUUCUAUAGAGGAAAGAGGAAAAGUGUUACUCCAAAACAGACAAAUUGUGUGACUCUUUUAGAUACUAAUCAGAUAGUCAGGAUUUUGCCCCCAGGAGAAGUCCCUCUAAAAGAUAUCUACCCAAAAGUGGCUGUGAACCCAAGAUCGGCAGGUCAGAGAACAGGGCCCUUGGUCACAGGCUGCAAAGAUCAACAAAUCCCAAGAUGGGCAGGCAAGACAACAGAUGUUGCCCCUCCACAAACAGCUGGUUAUAUAGAAGUUACUGACCUUCAAUCAAAGAAACUCCGAUACAUCCCUAUUCCCAGGUCAGAGUCUCUCUCGCCAUAUACCACAUGGCUCUCCACUAUUGCGGACACAGAUGCACUGCUAGCUGAGUGGGGCCAAGCUGGCGUUGUUACUGUUGACAUGGGAGGCUGCGUCAGGCUUUGGGAAACUGGACUAGAACAUCUGCAGCGCUCGCUCACGGAAUGGAGAAACCUGAUUGGACAAGAGGGGGACAGACCUCUGCAGAUAACAGUCAACAGAGACAGUGGUGAAGAUGUCAGCUCUCCCAAACAUGGGAAGGAGGACCCAGACAACAUGCCCCACGUGGGUGGCAAUACGUGGGCUGGUGGAACAGGGGGAAGAGACACAGCAGGUCUUGGUGGCAAAGGAGGCCCGUACCGGCUGGAUGCAGGCCAUGCGGUAUACCAGGUGUCUGAGGCUGAGAAAGAUGCAGUUCCUGAGGAAGUGAAGAGAGCUGCGAGAGAGAUGGGCCAGAGAGCCUUUCAACAGAGGCUUAAAGAGAUCCAAAUGAGUGAAUACGAUGCUGCAAGCUAUGAAAGAUUUUCAGCUGCUGUUCGUCGACAGGUACACUCCCUCCGAGUCAUCCUGGAUAACUUACAGGCUAAAGGUAAAGAAAGACAGUGGCUACGACACCAAGCUACUGGGGAACUAGAUGACGCCAAGAUCAUUGAUGGGCUCACUGGAGAAAAAGCCAUCUACAAACGCCGGGGUGAGCUGGAGCCACAAGCAGCCUGCAACAGAAGCCCAAGCACCUGCGCCUGGUGGUGGAUGUGUCUGGCAGCAUGUACCGCUUUAACGGAGUGGACGGCCGGCUCGAGCGCUCGAUGGAGGCCGUGUGUAUGGUCAUGGAAGCCUUCGAGAACUAUGAGGAGAAGUUCAAGGUAAUGGCAUGAGCUAAGGAUGGUGAUGAUGGGGCCAUUGCCCACAACUGCCCAAGAGUCAGCCCAGAGUUAGGGGAUGAUGGAUGGGUGAAUGCAGCCUCCCCCAAGAGUAGACAAGAAUCUCCAUCCUUUCAUCAGCUCAUUUAUCAGUGUAGAGAGAGUGAACCUUUUGUUUUGUCUACUGUGAGAAUCAGAAAAGGAUAGUACCAUGAUUUCAAGCAUCAGUUAUUACAGAAGGAAGCACUGCACCUCACAAGUUUUUUAAGCAUUCAGAGUCCCAGCCAUAAUGUUGGAGGGGAAAGCCGCCACUUAGAAGCACCACGAGCCUGUUCCCAGGUUGCUCAAUGUCUUCACCCUCAUUCCCCCACCCACCGCCUCUCACCCACUCACCAGCCAGGCGGCCUACACUGCUCACGAGGGCUUGAGUACACCCUCAGAGCACACUGUUCUCAGCAUUGCAUUGCCUUUCCACAUGGGUGAGGAUUACAUAAUCAUAGCUGUCUCCCCAGCUGACAGUGACUGUGAUUACCCUGGGACAAAGGCAGCCUCUCAUUUAAACGGUUUCCGUUUUGCUGUUGCUCAGCUUACUGUACACCCUCCAUUUCAGAGGUCUGACCAUGGAGAAGGGAUCCCCCUGUACUGCUGUGUCACUGCCCAAAACAAAAAAAACCAAACCUGUUGUUGAGUUGGUUCCAACUCCUGGUGACCCCAUGUGUUACAGAGUAGAACUGCUCCAUAGGGUUUUCUUGGCUAUAAUCCUUACAGAAGCAGAUCAACAGGACUUUCUUCACUGGUGCCACUGGGUGGGUUUGAACCACCAACCUCUAGGUUAUUAGUCAAGCACGAACCAUUUGACCAUCCAGGGACCUUACUGCCCGAUAUGGGCCCAUAAAUCCGCUCUUUAUCAGCCAUACAAAGCACCUGCCCUUCUGGCGUCGAGCAAAUAACCUUGAAAACAAUCACAGGCUGUGUAAUGAUUAUAAAAACUCUAGUUGAAAGACAUAAUACUCAUGGAGACAUGUUUAAAGGAUACACAGGCCAUCCAUAGAUAUUCUAGACUUUAUUCUGGAUCAAACACAUCCAUCAGAAAUAGGCGAUCUUACAUCAUUUUAGCUUGCCAUCCUACCUGCGCCCCAGGAGUACUUUCCUGAGUUAAUCUCUGUUACCAUGGAUACAGCAAGAAACACAUUGAUGAAACCCAGCACUUUAGGCCUGUUAUUAUGGACCCUGUCCUCUGAAUCUCCCAGGGUCCCUUGUUUGAAGCUCUAUGAGAGAAAUUUCUUUUAAAAUUGUCAUUAAUUUUUAAUCAAUUCGGCUCCAAUUCGUGGUAACACCACAUAUAAUAGUUGCUUGGUCCUGCACCAUCUUCAUGAUCAUUGGUAUGUUUGAGUCCAUUGUUGUGGCCAUUGUGUCAUUGUGUCAACUCAGGGUCUGCCUCACCUUUGCUGACCCUCCACUUUACCACACAUGAUGUCCUUCCUUCUCCGGUUCCUCCUGAUGAUGUGUCCUAAGUAAGUGAGUCAAAGUCUCAGCCAAUAUUCUGUGAUCCAUAGGGUUUGCAUUGACUAAUUUUUGGAAGCAGAUUACCAGGCCUUUCUUCCUAGUCUGUCUUAGUCUGGAAACUUCACUGAAACCUCUCUACCAUGGGUGACCCUGCUAGUAUUUGAAAUACCAGUGGCAUAGCUUCGAGCAUCACAGCAACACAUAAACCACCACAGUAUGACAAACUGACAGCUAGGUAGUAGCUUUUAGAAUUCAGUGGUAGGAAAAGGGCAUUUUAAGUCAAUGACAGCUGUGGGUUGCCAGAGCAGAUGCAGGUUAUAAAUACGAAUAAGAUGUAGACGUCCAGCGUGGGGAGUAGCUUUGUUUCCCUGAAGAAAUGGAAUGUAUUUCCCCUGCAAUUAAUGAAAAUCAUGCAGCUAGUCAAGAUUCCCUCUUGGCUUUGGUUGCCAUGAAGUUCAAAACCUAAAUCAAAGACCAGCCCUGACAACUUCGUCUUGUGGCUUACAGACAGGUGUUCAGCUUUUCCUUUCCUUGAUCCUCCCUCCCUUCAGAUGUAAGUUUUUCUUGAUUAUGAUUCUCUACUUUUAUGGAUUUAUAGAAAACACUUGCAGUAAAACCUGUGGAAGCUGGAACCUGUGUAAGGUGGGAACCUAUGCAAGAAGGAAAACUCAAAUAUUUUCUACUAAAAAGAGUGAUAAAAGAAUAGUAAGACUGCACCCUGUCAAAGGUGGAAAACUUGUGAGACCCAGAAAAAUAGGGCAGUCCCGUCGAGGUCUGGCCUUCACAAGUUUCACUGUAUUCUAAAAUAUUUUAUAUACUUUCUUACAAACCCAUUGCCAUCGAGUUGAUUCCAACUCAUAGUGACCUUACAGGACAGACUAGUAAUGCCCCAUAGGGUUUCCGAGGAGUAGCUGGUGGAUUCAAACUGCUGACCUUUUGGUUAGGAGCCAAGCUCUUAACCAGUGUGCCACUGGGGCUCCUUUUCUGGUACAGGGUGGAGUAUAAUUAAUUCUUAAGCCACUUGGCCCUCUGAUGACUGAUGGAUGGUUAGACAAUAUAUCAGCAUAAAUACCCACAUUCCACCUAACGUUUUAAAACCUUUCGGUUCUGAUAAUAUCUGGAUCAGUCCAUUCACCUCUCUUGUGGGACUUGAAGGCCAGUGUUCACUGUUCCCUUUGAGUUACAUGAAGAUUUUAAUCCAUGGUAGACUAUAGAAAACAUAGAUAGAUGGAUAGAUAGCUGCCGUCAAGUUGACUGUGACUGACGGUGAUGUUAUGAACAACAGAAUGAAAUGUUGUCCUGUCCUGUGUCAUCCCCACGAUUGCCAGAAUGUCUGAGUCUAUCACUGUGGCCAUUGUGCCAAUCUGUAUCACGAAGGAUCUCCCUCACGCUUACUGACCUUCUACUUACAUAGCAGAGUACUCUGUACAAAGCAAGCAAGUCCGACAGUGUUCAUUAUGACCCAUAAGGUUUUCAUUGGCUAAUUUUCAGAAGAUCACCAGGCCUUUCUUCCUAGCCUGUCUCAGCCUAGAAGUUCUACUGAAACCUGUUCACCGUGGGUGACCCCCACUGGUAUUUGAAAUAUCAGUGGCCUUGCCUCCAGCAUGACAGCAACACACAGGCCACCGCAGCACAACAAACUGAUAGAUGGGAGGUGGUAGCAAACAUAGCACUAUUAGAAUCAGUAAGAGUCAUAGUUAUCCAGAAUAAAAUUUCCAGUUAAGGAGAGGGUUUCUAUUUCUUUAAGAGCAGAACUGCUCUGAUAUUGAAGCUACUUCUUCCAAGUUUUUAAAAGGAAGAUUUAUUAGGAGUUAACAAAAAAAUUGGUUGACACAGCUCCCCCAAGACUUAAUAAAGCAUUAGAUGGAAGACAGAGGGUAGCAGAGUUAAUGGGGAGUUCAGAGACUAUGUUGUGUCUCACGCAGUGGGGUGUAUAAAGAAAUUCGUAUUUAUCUGAGUCUCACUGUUAAAAGUCUGUAAUCUGAAAGAACUGCUAACGAAACUGGACCCAUAGCACAAAAAAGGAAAAAAAAGGAAGAGUAACAGGGAAAUUAGUGUUUCACAAAAUGUGACCAUUCACAUUAAUAAGAUUUUAGUUUAAUUGAUAGUUACAAACCACGUUGUUGCCAUAUGACCAACUGGGUUUCAGUUCAAUUCUACAAAAUUAUAAACAUGAACUGAGAACCCGCUAAGAGCAAAGUACUCUGCUAGGUAGAGUUCUGAGCUAUCCUUGAGCUUACAGCGUAGUGAGGGAGACAUACGUAAUAUAACCAUACAAAAUGUAAUGCAUAAAAACAACUAAAUUCUGAUAGGAGAGUCAGUGAGAGACAUGCAGUAGUAGAGGUAGAAAGCACUCUAUCUAAAGGACCCUCCCCUUAUCAUCCUACAGCAGUAUUUUGCUGAUAUUUUCUCUGAAUGCCACAAGGAAUUCCUUCAGUCUUAAUCCGUAAAACCAAAACCAAACCGUCAAGUCAAUUCCAACUGACAGCAACCCUGUAGGACAGAGGAGAACUACCCAAUAGGGUUUCCAAAGAGUGGCUUGGCUGGUGGAUUCAAACUGCCAACCUUUUGGUUAGCAGUAAACGCUUAGCCGCUGUACCACCAGGACUCCUUUAUCAGUAAAACCACAGAUGUGUUGAGAAGAUAACCAUAGUAAAUACGGCUGACAAAUCCAGGUGAGAUUAUAGCCCUACACUAAAAUAAAAUAAACCUUGCUUAAAGGCUUGAAGUAGCUUUAUCAUGUUUUAUGCCAUUAUAUUUUCACAGGCAGUACUUGAAAGGUUUGGUGCAUUGUCCUCAAUACAAUUUCUUAUACUUAUAUCUCCUUAUAUUCACUACACUUCCUUUAGAACUUUUUUUUUUUUUAAGGCCACAGAAAGUCCCAUGAAACCAGUGCAUUAAAAUCUUUCCAAUAAAAAGAAAAGAUAGUAAGACUUAACAAAGCAAGCUCUUUGAGCUUCUGUUAGGAAAAGUGGCCCCUGGGUGAAUAUCUGGGGAGGAGGGGUGGGCCCUUUAAGUGAGGCUCUGCUGUGAAGCUGCGGCACCAACUGCAGCCACGUAGGUCCUGUUCCUGUGACUCCUUACCACCUCCAAGUGAACUGGGGUCAGUCACUUCAGAGGUCAUUUACUCCAGCUUCCUCCUUCCACAGACAAGAAGCCGAGACCCAGGAACAUUAAGCUUUUCCCCAAGUCGGAAAGCUACGGGAAGGCAGUGGCAUCCAGGAUUCUUUUUCUGCUUGCUUAUUUUCCCUUUUUUGUUUUUAAAUUUUCCUUUUUAUUCCUCAACUUUUUUAUUUUGAAAAUGUUUUAACCUAGAAAAAAAAAGUUUAAAGGACAGUAAAAUGAACACCUAUCUGCCUUCACCAGUUGUUAACACUUUGCUUCAUUUGCUUUAUCAUUUUCUUUAAAAAUAUGCUUUUUGCCUCCUGUGAAUCAUUUGAAAGUAAAUUUUAAACAUCAUAACACUUCACCUCUAAAUACUGUAGCAUGCUUCUCUGUAACUAAGGACAGUCUCUUACCUCACUACCAUUAUCACACAUACGAAAAUUAUCAAUAAUCCCAUAAUACCUUCCAGUGUCCAAUCCAAAUCCAAUUUUCCCGGCUUUCCCAAAAAUAUCUUUUGUAGUUGGUCCCCCCUCCCCCUGCCCAAAUCCAGGAGUUAGUCAGCGUCCACACACUUUAUAUUUGGUCGUUAUGUCUCUUUAACCAGUAGCCAAUUGCUUUCCAGUCAGUUCUGGCUCAUGACGACCCCGUGUGUGUCAGAGUAGAACUGGCUCCAUGUGAUUUCAGUGGCUGAUUUUUCCGAAGUAGCUCAGCAGGACUUUCUUCUGAGGUGCCUUUGGGUGGACUCAAACCUCCAGCCUUUGAGUUAGCAGCCGAAUAUGUGACCGAUUUGUGCUACCCAGAGACUCCUUAUGUCUCUUUAGCCUCUUUUAAUUUGGGUGAGCCUCUUACCUUACCACUACCUUUUUUGCUCUUCAUGAUAUUCACACCCUUGAGAGCCUAGAUCAGUUUGUCAUGUACAGUGUCCCUUAUUCUGGAUUUGUCUGUUUUCUCAUGGUGCCAUUUAACUCAUCCAGUUAUCCCCUGUAUUUCCAGAACUUCUAAAAGACUUUCUCCUCACACCAGAGACAUGAGACACUUUGUAUCUUCACCCUACCACCCCUGCCAACAUGUCUGAGCUGCUGAGUGAUAACAGGCCACCCAAUCUCUACCCAGAUUCCUCAGGCCCACUCUAGAGGGAGGUGUCUUAGUUACACAGGGCUGUCAUAACAGAAAUACCACAAGUGGAGGGCUUUAACAAAGAAAUUUAUUCUCUCACAGCCUAGUAGGCCAGAAGUCUAAAUUCAGGACAUCAGCUCCAGGGGACCGCUGUCUCUCUCUGUCAGCUCUGGAGGAAGGUCCUUGUCAUCAAUCUUACCCUGGACUAGGAGCUUCUCAGUGCAAGGACCCUGGGUCCAAAGGACACACUCUGCUCCUGGCACUACUUUCUUGGUGUUAUGAGGUCCCCAGUCUCUCUGCUCGCUUCUCUCUCCUGUAUCUCAAGAGAGAUUUGCUUAAGACCCAACCUGAUCUUGUCCGGCCUCAUUAACGUAACUGCCGCUAAUCCCACCUCAUCAACAUCAUAUAGACAGGAUUUACAACACAUAGAAUAAUCACAUCAGAUGAUAAAAUGGUGGACAAUACACAAUACUGAGAAUCAUGGCUUAGCCAAGUUGACACAUAUUUUGGGGGGACACAAUUCAAUCCAUAACAGAAGAGAAGGAGGUGGGAUGGAGCCUAUUUAUAGUCUGUGUGAGCUUUUUCUGUUUAUAAUUAAAUGUUUCAGGGGAUAAGUAAUAGGUGCACACAGUACAAAAUUUAAAAGAUGCAAAACGAAUGAGUGAAAAGUAAGCAUCUACCCACCCUCUCUCCAGCUCCCUGUUCUCUUGUCUGGUGCAACCAGAUUUUUUUGGUAUCUUCUCGGAGAGAUUUGAUGCAUAAACGUGCAUGUAUGUAUGGAUAUACAUAUAUUUUUAAGCCAAGUGAUAGCAAACCAUGCACUUUGUUCUGUAUCUUCAAGCUGUGAUCAUAUUCAACUCAUUUAAUAUCUGCUUUCAUUUUCUCGUUUGUGAAAGAGGCUUAAGGACGAAUGAAAGUAUGCAAUUUACUCAGCAAAUAUAAAAAGGAUGCUUGAGUAUAACCCACAAUUUUAGAAGCUCCUAAUGAAAAAGUUACAUUGCAUUAGCCCAGGAUGACAUCACUUGCUGUGUCUUUAGGAGAUCAGCAAGCAGUGCUCAGAGACACCCCAUCACCUAGUCCCAGACAGUUCUUAGCGUCAUCUUCCUGCAGCUAUCCUUCGGUUGUAAAGGUGUCUAGUCUGUAUUUACUUUGAAACCUUCAGCAGCCACUGGCCUGCUCUGGCGAUCUGAGCUCUUCCCUGAAGCCUCGCUUGUGGCAUCUGCUUUGUGUUUGCUUUGGCUUGAGCUCGGCUCUGAGACAUUUCUCUUUAGAGCAGGUUUGAGUCAUUACUGCCCAGGUCCAGGAGGCUCAUAUGGAGUUUGUCUUCACCUUCUACUCCAGAUUAGCAUGACCCAUGCCAAACCACAGGGACCCUUGGCAAGAAUUAUUGAGGAGGAAGGGUAAUUUGGUGGCAGGACACAUUUCAAAGCCUUCUGGAGUUUUCAAAGUUUCUCAUAAUUGCUGUGCCAACAGAAUUCAAUUAUUGUCAGCAACAGCAUUCACAGCAGGUCGCUUGAGACAAGAGCAACAGUAUUUGCUUAUAAUCAGCAUAAGUUUCUCUAAUCUUAUAAUCACAGCAUGAUUUUUAGUGUUCGUAUCGCACGUAAACACUGGAGGGAAAGGUGAAAUAGUAAUGAUUUGUUGUUGUUGUUAGUUACCAUCAAGUCAGCACCUGCUCAUGGCGACUUCAUGUGUAACUAAACAAAACAUUGCCUGCUAUCAAAUCGUCUUCAUGAUCUUUGAUAUGUUUGAGCCCAUGUUGCAGCUAAUGUGUCAAUCCAUCUCGUGGAGGAUUUCCUUCAUUUUCACUGACCGUACUUUUUUUUCUACACUUCACCAAACAUGAUGUCCUAUUCUAGGGAUUUCUAAGGAUUCAUGUCUUUUCUUAUGACGUGUCAAAGUAAUGGUCAUGUGAACCACUUUAUUUAAGUCAGAAAGUAUUGUUUCCUUUAUCUUCAUUCCAGUUUGUUCCUUAUGAUUUCUCUAAACCUUUAGGAUUGUUUUCACUGUAAUCUUAAAGUACACCUCCUUUUCAAAAGUUCUUAAUGCUUUAAUUUUUUUCUUCCAAGUACUCAGUAACACCAAAGUUAGUGACUAUUUCUUCAUUAAACACUCAGAUAGUAAUAUCAGAAAACAGAUAGAUUUAUUCAAUUAUUGAGAAGUUGGACCUUAAAAAAAAUAAUAACCCAAAUUUAUUGUUCCUGUGAAGAUGUAAGGUCGGUCCCCAGGUGGUGCAAGCUGUUUGCAAUUGGCUGCUAACCAAAAGAUUGAUGAUUUGAACCUACCUAGCAGUGCCCCAGAAGAAAGGCCUGGUGAUCUGCUUCCAUAAGAUUACAACCAAGAAAACCCUAUGGAACAGUUCUACUCUGUAGCACAUGGGUUGCCGUGAGUUGGAAUCGACUCAACAGCAAUGGUUUCUGAAGGCGUAUAACCAUAAUAUAAGGCUGUGGUUUUUUAACAGUGUAACAAGGAAUUCUUGAAGGGGAGAGCAAAGGAAGGGCAGCACUUUUUACCCCUUCUCCAUCCAUCUCCAAUUCAACAAAAACAAUUCCUCUUAUAUCUGUAUUGCACGUGUCAUGUAGCGGUGGUGGCAGCGUCAAACGUCAUCUAACUUCAGGAGGAGAAGAGAGAAUCACCAGCAGCCCAAAGCUGAUUCCCAUGAGGUGGAGGUCAGACAUACCUCCACUCUCCAACUUUUUUUACCAAUUCUGACCCCAGCUAUUCUCCCCACGGCACUCUGACUUCUCUGCCAUGGUUGAUAAUUUCGUUGUAGCGGCCACACAGGACUCACAGACCAUACUCACAGUUAUGGAGUUUAUUCGGGAAAUAACAGGCUACAACUCAGGAUCAGAAUCGAUUUGGAAGUAAUGGGAAACAACUCAGGAGACAGGAUACUGUUUGCCAAUCAGAACGGCUUCCAGCGAAGACAGCUCUCAGCUCCUUCUUGGCCAUACCUGCAGGGAGGCCUCUGCUCAGGCCUCUGCCUCUGGCCCCCACUUGGGCCCUGGCCUCUGUUGCUGGCCCCUGCACAGGCCCUGGCUUCUGCCACUGGCCCCUAUUCAGGCAAGCAUUACAGCUGUUUUGGCUCCACCAUACAGUGCCCAGAGGUACCCCUCUCUACCAGCAAGCAUCCAGCCUGAAGCUGCUCAGCAAUCUUGCUCCAUGGGUCAUGGGACAUUGAGCCCACUGUGCCAUCUGCCACCGGUCUCCUGAUUCUUUCCACUUAUACUGUCUUAUUCCAUGUUGCGCUAUCUUGUACUGUCUCUGCAGUCUUCAGCGUUAUAGCUCCCUCUGUCUCCUGGGUGUAGGAGGUUCUCAAUGCAGAGACCCCCAGAUCUGAAGGACAUACACUGCUCCCAGCUCUUCUUCUUGAUGGUAGUGAGCUCCCCCUCAACCCUGUGGGAUUAGCCCUUAUAAGCCUAUCAGGAUGGCAAAACUGACCAAUCCCCUUGGUAGGCCACAGUCACCUUAUUUGCAUAGUAAACUGUCCAAUCUCUGUAAGGGUUUUACAUACCUUAUUAGCAUAUUAAACUUUCAAAUUCCUGUAAGGAUUUUAUGAACCUUAUUUGCAUAGUAAACUGCCCAAUCCAUUUGCAAGAUUAUGGCCUAACAAAUCAUCUUGGCAGAACUAUAGACCCAGGGCCAGAAAGGCCAUAUAUUAAGAGCAACCCGUGGCACUGCACCAUGGCAUUUUACAAGCUAGCUUGUCAUGUGUAGAAAGGAUUCCACUGCUAAAUUUAAAGGAAAGAAUGAGUUACAAAACUGCGAUCCUAGACCCAGUAUUUAAUCCAUUUCUUAUAGACUCUGAGGCUAUCUUUUUGGAAAAAGCUUCAUCAAUCCUCAUUCAGAUUUAGAUCAUUCAUCACUCCCUUGAUAGGAGAAAACAAGGCAUAAGGUGUUUCUAAGAAGAAGAGAAGUAGGCUUUUUUGUUUCCUGGUUUUGUUUUGUUUUGGCAUACCAUUGAGAUAUAGAACCUCGGGGACAAGAAUGAUUUUCACCAACUCUCAUUUACAAAUGAGAAAACCAAGAUGCAGAGAGGUUAAGUGCUUUGCCAAGGUCACACAGCUAGACUGUGACAAGCCAGGACCUCCGACUUCCGCUUCAGGACUCUUUCUUAGUUUAUGUUUUAUUCCUAUUCUUGCAGCCAUUUUAUUUUUGCCCAAUUAGUGUUUUUUUUUUUUCAAAACUAUAAGUCAGGAACAAAUGUACCAUUAUAUAAAGUAGUCUAUCUUCCUCUACCUUCAGUAUCUCACCGUCUAAAGGCGGUAUAAGAGACAUACUUUUCUCAGACAUCUUGGUCAGAAAGGCUGGAUUAACUCCCAGAAGAAUGUGGGAAGAUGUGACUUACAAACCAGCACCUGCUGGGAAAAUGCUGUCAAGACCUUAGUUCAAUGUUUCUAAUUGACUUUUUCCCAAUGGCCUAGGAAUGUAUUCCAGGUUUAGAAAUGGAUACCAGUCAUCAUAUCAGGCUCAGGCCUUCCCAUAAAUUCUGCUACAUGGAGGUAGGGCCAAUGAAGGAGGUAUAGACUUUUCUGAGUCCAUUCAAAGUUAAACAGAAAUUCAGAGUUGAUUCAAACAUUAAUGUAGAAAUGUCCAAGCCAACCAUUCAGAAAGCUUAAGCAGAAAUGGGAGGGGAAGCAGAUGGGGACAUGGUUAUUUCCCUAUAUAAAAACAAUGGAUUUAGAGUCAGAGCACCUGGGUUUGACCAUCACUGAUCUGUGACCUUAGGAAGUCUCAAUCUCUUUAAGCAUCUUAUUAUGGGGAUAAAAACACCUACCGCAUAAGGUUGUGGAGAGAAUCAAAAUGAGAUGAGAUAUAUGGAAGCACUUUGUAAAUUACACAGAACCAUAGAAAUGUUAAACAUUAUAGUCAUUAAAUGUAUUAUCCUAUCAGUGACCCUGUGACAUAGUAAAACAUUCUAUUCCUAUUUGUCAGAGAGGGUAAGUGACUUAGAAGCAUAUUAGAGGUGAUCUAAGCAGCCUACUUACAUGGUAGAAGUUAAGUUUGGAAAGGUUAAGAAUUUAGCUUGUUAAUGUCAAAGCCAAGUCUUGACCUUCAAACUUUUUUGCACUGACUUCUAUGAUAUGAGGAAAAGUUAGCUAGCUAAUACUAUAUAGAGUAUUAACUAACUGACCCUAGGGUUCUAUUGGUGCUUCUCUGGACCUUUUAAUCAUUUAUUUUCUAAUCCUUUUCUCUUCACAGUCAGUAGUGUCAUCUUAGAACGGAAUGUUUGGAUUUCUAGAAGGAGGUUAGAAUUUCACACAUCAUCAGUCCUCAGGAUAGCCUUAGACCAUUGUCCCAUACACCUACUUAUAAUGUGGGUACGUAAUGAAGCAUGGGCGCUUCUAAAGGUAGCAGAUGAUUAUCCUUCCUGGUAGACAUUUAAAAAUAAAUCUUAUUCAUAAAAAUGCUAAUAGCUCUUCUUUGCUCUAAGCAGAGCUUCCUCCAAGUAUUAUAAAUCACCCUUCCUACUUCAUAAUAGGUCUUUGUGUCCUGGAUUAAAAUUCAGGAUUUGUUUUCGUUUGUCAUACCUUUCUCUCAAUGAAUGAGAUUUCCGAAAGAAGAUAUACCAAAGGGCAUUUAGCCAAGUUGCUAAAGCAAAGAAGUGUUUUAAAAUUAUUCUCUAUUUGAGAGAAGGCCUUUGUUAAAAUAUAUAUAUAAUAUAUAGUACAUAUGUUAUUUUAUAUGCUAUGUAUUAUAUUGCUAUAGGGAGUUCAUAGAUGCUUUGAAAAUUGGAGAAAUCAUAAAAAAUUUGAACUACUCAGAAGAAGUUACAAUUUGAAUAUUAGGUAGUCUGAUAAUGACUGAGGUUUUUGUGUAUCGAAUCUGGUACACUGGGUGAAUGGCAGAAUUAGGAAUUAGUGAAUGGAAAUGAAUGAGUUUAUAUACUUUUUCCUUUUACUCAGAUAUGUUUGAGAAUGAGCAAAUUACUGUUUGUAAAAUGCGUUGGGAUCCUUGGGUAGCAGACACUAGAUAAUUAUAACAUGGAAGAAUUGUUUUUAUGGAACUUUAAAAUGAUUUACAGUAAAACCAGGGAAUGCUCCAGUUUGGAUGUACUUUGGAUUCCUCUCAAGCAUUUUAUUUACUUUGGGCAUAGAAUAAUCCCCAAGCAUCUCUGAAAGAUGAGAAACCAGAGCUUGCAAACCAUUUUGUAAGCCCAUCCUUAAGGUGUGUCUUCUCAAGCCUUUGCAAUACAAACUAGACACAGAGAAAAGCAGAGGAAAGAUGGAAAGAAGAUAGGAAGGAAGAAAGGGAGGCCUGCAACCCACCUGUCUUUAUUCCGUUUGCCUGAAGAAGUAUGCUUUUUUUUCCAGGGCAAAUAACUAAACAAUAGCUAGAUGGAUUCAUUGAUUAAUCGAUCUUUCUGUUGAUAGGUGAAUAGUUGCUAAAAUAUUUCUUUAGGUUUAAACCAGCCAGUAUCAUCUUUUUUUUUUUUUAAUUUUUACUGUGCUUUAAGUGAAAGUUUACAAAUCAAGUCAGUUUCU